AUGUCGGCCUCGAAGAAGCGCAAGGUCGACGACCCGCUCGCCGCGCUCGUGCGGCGCGCCGUGGCGCUGCGGCGCGAGCUCCACGCCUACCCGGAGCCCGGCUUCGAGGAGAAGGAGACGCAGCGGCGCAUCCGGGCGGUGCUCGCGGAGCUCGACGUCUGCGCGGACGCGCGGACCUGCGCGGAGACGGGCUUGGUCGCCGACAUCGCGGGGCCCGUCGGGAAGAAGCCUCCGACCGACAAAAACGCGGUCCGCUGCGUCGCGCUCCGGUCGGACAUGGACGCGCUGCGCAUGACGGAGAAGAACGAGUGCCUGGCGCACCGGUCGCGGCACGAGGGCGUCGCGCACAUGUGCGGCCACGACGGCCACAUGGCGUCGCUCGUGCUCGCGGCGGCCCUCGUCGCGCGGCGCAAAGACCGGCUGCCCGCGGGCGCGAGCGUGCGCCUGCUCUUCCAGCCGGCCGAGGAGGGGCCCGGCGGCGCGCUGCCCAUGAUCAUGGACGGCGCCCUGGAGGGCGUCGACGAGUGCUACGGCUUCCACAACUGGCCGUCGUUCCCGCUCGGCGAGGUCCACGUCAAGCCGGGGGCGCUCAUGGCCCACGUGUCCGAGUUCACCAUCAUCGUGAAAGGCAGUGGGUGUCACGCGUCCCAGCCCCACGCGGGCGUCGACGCGGUCCUCGCCGGCAGCGCCGUCGUGCAGGCGCUGCACACCAUCACGUCCCGGUCGACGCGGUCCGACGAGAACGCGGUCGUCUCCGUGACGCAGUUCCACGCGGGCGAGGCGACGAACGUGCUGCCGGAUUCGGCCGUGUUGAAGGGCACGAUCCGCGACCUCGACCCGGCGGUCUUCGACUUGAUCGAGAAGCGCAUCACCGAGGUCAGCGCGGGCGUCGCGGCGGGCUACGGCGCGACGGCGGAGGUGAAGAUCGACUCCAUGUACCCGGUGGUCUUCAACCACGCCGCGUCCUACGACCACGUCGUCGCCGCCGCGGGCGACCUGGGGCUGCCCGUGUCGGCCGCGGGGCUGCCCAUGCUCGGCGCCGAGGACUUCGCGUACCUCAUCGACGAGAAGAUGGGCGGCGUUCCCGGCUGCUUUUUUUUCGUCGGCGGCAAGGAGGACGCCGUGACGAAGCUCGCGGCGCUCGACGUGAAUCUGCCCGAGGCGGCCAAGGUCGGCGCCGCGUCGGCCCUCCGCUCCAACUGCAUGUGCCACGCGACGGCCUACGACUUCAACGACAACAUCAUCCCCGUCGCCGCGAAGAUGUACGUGAAGAUCCUCGAGCGCCGCCUCGGCUGCGCGCUCUACACGGACGACGAGCUCGCGGGGUUGCAGUAA